ACAGCUGCUCCAUGACCCUCAGGCUGGGAGUAGAAACACCAGCCAGGCCUCGACUGCUGAGCCGAGCGCCAGGGAUAAGCUAGGCCUGGUCCUUCCCCUUUAUCCAGGCCUCGGCUUGGAGCGCGGGGCCGGCUUGGGAGAUCCCUUCUCUGGGUGCACCAUCCCCAACCCGGCAGUUCCCAGCUGCUAGGGGUGAAGGUGGUUUAUCCCGCUUUGGGGGUGGCUCUGGGUUAUCAGGAGAGAGUUUUCCUUUCCCAAGUCCAGAACCGUCUUUUGAAUAUUGCCGCCGGCGCAGUCGGUCGGUCCCCGGACUUAGCUGUUGGUUAAAUGUUCAGAAACUGUGUGAAUGAAGCACCAUUCUUUCUGGAUUUUGAAAGACAUCAUUGCAUCAUGGGACAGCAAUUUUCAGAUCAGACACAACUGGUUCUUAACAAGUUACCAGAAAAAGUAGCAAAACAUGUCACAUUGGUCCGAGAAAGUGGCUCCUUAACUUAUGAAGAAUUUCUUGGGAGAGUAGCUGAACUUAAUGAUAUAACUGCUAAGGUGGCUUCUGGCCAGGAAAAACAUCUUCUCUUUGAGGUACAACCUGGGUCUGAUUCCUCUGCCUUUUGGAAAGUGGUUGUGCGGGUGGUCUGCACCAAGAUUAACAAAAGCAGUGGAAUUGUGGAAGCAUCACGGAUCAUGAAUUUGUACCAGUUUAUUCAGCUUUAUAAAGACAUCACAAGUCAAGCAGCAGGUGUAUUGGAACAAAGCUCCACCUCUGAAGACCCUGAUGAAAAUUCAUCAACUAUAGCAUCUUGUCAGGCCAGUCUUUGGAUGGGAAGGGUGAAACAGCUGACUGAUGAGGAGGAGUGUUGUAUCUGUAUGGAUGGUCGAACUGACCUCAUCCUGCCUUGUGCUCACAGCUUUUGUCAGAAGUGCAUUGAUAAAUGGAGUGAUCGACACAGGAAUUGCCCUAUCUGUCGCAUACAGAUGACUGGAACAAAUGAAUCUUGGGUGGUGUCAGAUGCACCCACUGAAGAUGACAUGGCUAACUAUAUUCUUAACAUGGCUGAUGAGGCAGGCCAGCCCCACAGGCCAUGACCUUGGGAUGAAAGUCUUCCAUUGUUAUUGUGGGCUACAAACACUUUGAUCAUGGGGGAAGAAUGCAGGGAUGUUGUGGCACAGACACAGGAAAAUCUUUUUUUCCCCACCCCAUAUUUUUGCUAUUCUGACAGUUUGUCCCAUUUCUUUUGAUAAACUUUCCAUGUCUUCCAUUUGUGAUACACUAAAAUUUGCUACCAUUCUAUGCCAUAUUUUCUUAUUAUUUAUUUGUUCUAAUGUGUAUUAGAACUAAUUUCUCUAUUGCUAAGAUAACAGCAACACAUUUCCAGAGGCUUCUGAAACACCAUUACUUUUUAGGGCAGAGUAUUCUGGAAUCUUUGUAGUUAGGUUCAUAAUAAACCUUGAAUGUUAAAAAGAUGUAGCCAACCAAAAGAUACAAUUUUAAAUGACUGAAAAUGUAGAUUGUGUCAAAGUGCAUGUUACUACUUAAAACUAGUCUUUCUGCUGGAAUCUAAGGAGUAGCUGUGCCUCCUUGUGGUUAAUUAUUGCUCCUUUAAUAAUUUUUACUUGAUUAAUAAUUAUUUUGUAAUUUUCAUAAUGUGUUUUGGAGUUACAUAUUUUUUAAUUAAAAGGCUUUUUUUUUUCCUUGUCAUGCGGUAAAAUUUGGGUGAGGACUAUGAAGUUGGGCAUGACCUUGCCCUGUAAAUGGACUUCUGCUGGGGAAUCUUGUUGGCUGUUUUGGAAAAGCUUUCCCACAACUGGGAAACUGUUCUAAAUGGUUUUUGAUAAUGCUCACACUUCUUGGAGUUUCAGAAGGAAAUUUGACAAGAGAACUCUCUCUUUUCUUAGAGAAGAAAUCCUAAAUUUUACAUUUCUGAAUUAUGAUAAAUCAUUCAAUAUUGGUUUAUGGUGCUUUUAUUUUCUUAACUUGAAGCCAUCUUUCUGAGGUUUUAAAGUCUUCAAAUUUCUUAGAUUAAGAUGGAAGAAAAUAGGAUGUAACUUUUUCACCAAAUGCACAUAAAACACCUCUAAAAAUUAGGAGAUAGUUUGGCUUUCUUACUGUUUCAUUGUACUUCCUUUGAAAUACUCUGAAAGAGUAUAGUAGUAAUUUAUGAUCUUCAGUAGCAUUGCAACCAUUUUUUUUUUUAAUUUGGCUUAUGAUGUAAAAUUUUUGUUUUAUAUUAAACACCAGCAUUUCAUCAUAUAGUAAAACUAAAACCUGACAUCUUCUUUAAAAAGUAUUUUAACAUUCCAGGAAAGUUUUCUGUCUAUGGUAAGUUGCAAAUAUUACUAUUUUCCUAAGUACCAAGUGGCAUAAUUUAAGUUGCCACUUAUUGACAUAAUUUUUAGGUACUAGGAUUUUAAUAGUAAUCCUAUUAAAUAGCAAAUAAAAUAAUCCAUUUCUAGGAAAAAUGUCUCACUGAGAAUAGCUUGAUUUUGUCCACAGAGUACUGGUGGCCUACUCUAUUGGCAUUCAUGGAUGGGAACAGCUAAAUACCAAAUAGCUAAAUACUUACCAUAGGAAUUGAUACAAGCAAGAAUACUGGGAGCUCUAUCAUUAUCAACCUAGUGAUGGGCUUGAUGGUUCUGUGACCUUGAGAAAGUCCCUUUCUGUUGUUUGUAGAUUUCUUUUUAUACUUGAUUUCAGCGGUAGAAACUUUUGUUUCCCCCCAAGUAAAAUCUUAUACACAACCUCUACAUACACACCCCCACCCCCUAUAUAAAAGUCAUAUUUUAUUAAUAUAAAUGACCUUGCUAUUAUAAUAACUAAAUAUUAUGCAGUCAACAAAUGAAAACACAUAAAACAUCAAUGAUCUCCAGUAUAUUAGAAUUUGGUGAAUGACACAUUUGUAUGAUUGGAGUUGUUUUUUAAAUUAAAAUUUUUUUUCAAAAUAUACUUUAACUGCAAGUCAAAUUUGCAGAGCCCCGAAACUCCUCCAUGGAUUCUUAGUAUUCCAUGGAAAAUAGAUGAUCUUCUGAGAUCUUUUCCAGCUCUAAGAUUUUAAAUUGUCCUUUUAUAUUGGACUUGCUGAGUUUAAUUCAGAUUGCCAGAUUUAAAAAUGUUUAUGAAAAUAAACAAAGUUGCUUUACAAAUGUUUGAAUCUUUCCAGGUAUAGCCAAUGAUUUUGUCCCUUAGAAUCCUUCACUUUUCAAGGAAUUAUUUAACAAUGAGCCCAGUGACUCGACAUUGCCGAAACCUUAUUUUACAAUAUGAGCUCCAAGACACUGACUGAUCUACUGUGAAAUAUAAAAUUUAGCCUUAUCAAUUAAAUGAACACACAGUUCUUUGCUCACUUCAUUAAACUGAGUGAUAAUUCUUUAAAUGUGAAUUUUAGGUGGGGUUUUCUGUAAUAACUAAUCCUAAAAGUUGUAAAUUUGUUUAAAGAAUGAAAUGUAUACUUUUUGUAUUCUUUACAGCUUUGUCUUUUUUAAAAUAUGAAGUACUUAAAUGCACUUAUGAUGAUAGGAAAUGUAAUGUGUGCCUUCUAGGAUUUGUGAAAUGGUUUCAUGAACUCUAAGUAAUUUGUUUUAUAAGUUAUAAAGUUUUCCUUAUCCUAACUCAAUAACAAAGGAUUUAUUUAUAUAAUAAUGCUAUAGAACUUUAGUUUGAGAAAAAUGAAUUUGACUAUGUACUGAAUUAGAGGUUGAGAUAAUAGUAUCUGUUUUAUUCUUAGGACAAACUAAUAAACUGUGCGAUAAAUAAUCUGUAGCAAGUAAGUUUUAGCUAAUUGAAGAGAUUUUUUUCUUAUCAUGUAAUUUCACAUUCUUACAUAUUAAAUGUUUAUAUUCCUUAGAGGACUAUUUUAUAUUGUGCUUUGGGGGUUUGUGAUGUUUGUGUGCUAUGUUUUAAAAUGCACUUCAAACUGGAUUCAAUUUCCUUAUGCCUAAUGCAAAUAUAGGUAAUAAGGAUGCUUGAGAAUACCUUUUUCUUCAGUGAUGUUUAACAUUGGAAAGUUGGGUCCAUUAAAAGGCAGAUGAAGAAUUUGAAUUGUAAUUUUGUUCUUCCUGAUUAAGUCAAACUUACUUUGUCUAUCCAGGAAUAAGAAAAUUACUUGGAGAUUGGGGAAACCAGCUAAUUAUCCACAUUUAUUAUGGCAACUCAAUGACAAUAUAAUAUAAGCAGUUGACAACAGACGUCAAACCAUUUGGUUUCAUAUCUUUUUACCCUAUUGAGCAGUAAAACUAAUAGCUAAAAUACUCCACCCUAUGGUAGUUUUCAUGGUUACCUUGUAAAAUCAUUUCAGAGAUACAAGAACAUAAUUUAGAGAGGCAUCUAAGAAUCUUCAUGCUGAGAAAGAAAAGACAUUUAUAAGAGGAAGUGGCAGUUUAUAUUUACUGAUGCACACCAUCAUAGGGAAGUAUGCAUUUUGGCAUCAAAAGACAUAAACAUCUCCUCAGAGAUAUAUUUUGAUAAUUGUGCAGCUGUUCAUAGUCUUACCCUGUCAUCCUCUAUUUUUCUAAAAAAUAGGUACUCAUUUCAGGUUGAGGGUGCAAGAAUUUCCUAAGGAACUAUUUGAUUACUUUUCUUUUUAAUACAGUUAGUUGUACUCAAUGAUCUUUAUAUUAGUUAUAGUUCAGCUGUAGAAUGUUUAAGUACAUCACCAAUAUAUCAGCUUCAGUUAUGUCUGCCAACCCAGACAAGUAAAGAGAAUGCCAGAGGGAUAUGCAAUCAACUCUGCUUUAAUCUAAGAGGAACUAAACUCCAGAGAACAGGCCUUGACAAAUACUAACCCAGGAGCUGGGACUUGAAGUAACACAUUAAGACUUCUAGAAUAAAUAAGGGGUAACAUGCUUCAAAAACCAUCUUUUAGGAACCUGGACUAGUAUAUAAUUGCCUUGGAGUCCAACUUAAGAUACAAAGGAAAAUAUGCAUUCACCCCUAAAAUGGCCAGUUAGGUGCGACAGUGUAAUAAAAGUUUAAAGUGCUAUAGAAAAAGGUGUCUGAAAAGCAGGCAGGUCAGGUAAAAUCCAAGUUCUGGCUAAGCAGACUAAAAUAAUAUCCAGGGAAAAGGAAAUGAACAUGGGUGUCUUUACUCAUGAACUAUAACAGGGCAGAAGUUAGAUUAAAAGUUUGAUAGCAAAUGUUUAGUAGCUUCUGGGUCUAGUGAACCUCAGUUUCAACUUUUUUUAGUUUUCCUAGGGAAUGUCAUCCAUGUCUAAGUCUUAGUAAAACUUAUUGAUGGCUUUUCGUGAUGCUCAGUAUUUUCAUAAAGUAAAAAACAUUUUCUUUAAAUAGUAUUAAGUUGAAAUCAUUUUAAAUUAUUGAGCCACUGUCCUGAUAAACUUUAAUAAUUUUUAAAAAUGGUACAGAUAAAAUGACAAUGAUAAACUGUACAAUAUUCACUACAUUAGGAUAAAUGUGUACAAAUGGGAGCUUUUCAAAAAGAAUGAAUCCCUAAGAUCAAUGCUUAGUUUUCAUUCAAUUUCAUGAUUAGCUGUAAGAUAUAGCAUAUGUGUUUUCCUAGUAAAAGACUACAUUUAUAGUUCCAUAUGCUAAGUUGAUUAGCGGAGGAGACAGGCGUUACAAAAUUACAGGACAAGACAUUCUAAAUUCAAAUAAGCAUUUUCACACGCAGAAAGAGUUCUUAAAUUAUAAUGAUUCAAAAGUACUUCUUACAGUCUAAAUUUGCCCACAGAAAUAGGAAGGUCCUUGAGCAGCUUGUUGAGUACUAGGAGUGCAUAUCCUUAAAAAGUUGGCGUAAGAGAAAUCAUUGUUAUUCAGUAUACAUUUAUUGAGCAUCUACCACAUACCAGGCACUAUUAACAGAUGAAAAGUACAUUGGUAAAGCUUAAAUUCAGAUUGGUCUUUAAAAAUGCUUCCCACCUGGCCCCCAAGACCACUAUAUCUUCUGAAGAGGUCUGUGUUUUAAGUAAGGGAGAAAUUUCACCUUCUUUAAAAAAUGCCCAGGUUAUAAAUGAUAAAGAAAAAAAAAAAA